AUGGGGGGAAUCCGCCGGCCAGCCGGGCCCGCAAGCGGGUCGGAAGCGCAGUCAGGGAGUAGCCGCGAGCAGGGGCUCGAGCGGCUUGCUUGGAUCGAUAGGGGCACGUGUGCGCCACUCCCCUUCCACGUCACCGGUGGUCAGCUGGCUGUGGGGCAAGGAGUGGUCGUACACGCGAGAGGACUUUGCCUAGAAUGCUAACUUUACUCUAUAUUCGCCCGAAUAAUCCGCCCACAACCGAUGUGGGACUAAAUCCACCUUGUAAGGCGCGGGCGACCGCCGCGGGUUCGAAUCCUCCCAGAGUCAAAAUUCAUAUAUUUUUAUCUGAUUAUCGUGACUUUCCUGCAGAUCGCCGGUGAAGGAUUAAGCAACCGGAAUCGUUGGAUCAUCGGCGAAAAUCUCGUCAACGCGAUUCGCGGAGCAUUGCUACUAAAAUUUCUGAACGAUUCGCGAUAAAAGGAUCGCAAUCCAUCGAGUAAAUCAUCUCCGAUUGAUCGACGAACAAGCCGUCGUCGGGAAGAGGACGAUCCGCCAGGAGACCAGUCGCCACCUCCUGAGAGCGUACCAGAUGCGAUGAAGAGCCUCCUCUUGCUGCGCGGACUUGAGGAUGAAGCUCCCUAACACGCGCCUCACCUCCAUCCAGCCCCUCUCCGUCGGGUGACAGCCGCCGGAGAGCCGCAAAGUCGCCGUUUUUCCGCUCCGUCGGGUGACAGCCGCUAGAGACGAUUCGACGACCCACUUCAUUGAUCUCUAGAAUUCACGAGAAGAUCUAGAGAUUGCCCACGUCGUCUUUGUCCAAGGAGAGCCUUCGAGGCCAUGGACACUGCACGACGAUCCUCCCGAACGCUCAGGAUUCCGGUGCAUCGCCGACGCAUCGCCGUCGCGACGCCGGAACUCUGUUUUCCUGCUUUCAAUUUAAUUUACGCUUCAUUUAGUGAUACUUUGUUGAUUUUUAUUUACCAAACUAUACUUCGUUCAACUACGAUUCUUCCGGCUUUUACAGAUCUUAAUUUGAUUAAUUGAGUCGUCUGUAAUCGCCUACGUAAGAAUCGCCGGGCGGAACUCUGUUUCCGCCUGAUUCGCGUUCGCCGGGCGCUGACGUCAUCUUGACGUCCGCACCCUUAUUUCCUUUUUUUUGUGAAUUUUAAAUAUAUUUCCCUUUUAUUUCCUAGUAUAAAAUUCGUAAGAAAAUUGUACUCAUUGAGAAAAAUUCUGAAUAAUUACCAGAUAUUAUAUUACAUCCCUGUGAUCGACCUGGAAAAUUACCACUUUUUUUGAGAUUUUUAUUGAAUUAUAAUUGAUCUGUUUAUUUUGAAAUACUUCUAAAUAUCCGAAAAUUCGUAUUUUCUAGUUUUAUAAAUUUUAAAUUUGCGUGAUUUAACAUACAACGACUGAGUCGCGUCACCUAUCAUGUGUUUAUUUCAUGUAACAUAUAUUCUGAUCAUCAUCUUAUCAUUCAAAACCCAUAUUUACUGUUAGAAGAUGCACUGUUUUUUUAUGAAACUAGUUUUAAUUUAUGAUGGAGGUAAAGGAUCCCCAUGGCGCAAACAAGUGUCAGGCAAGCGAGUUGCCAGUGUCCUCUGGUCUAUGGGCUGUCUCCUAACUCCUCUAGUCGAACCCCUUUCUCAUUGGCAUGACACUUCCACCUUGAUCAUGUCACAGCCAUUUGCUAGACCUCUCUCUUGUGUAGAUGCCCUACUUUGGUCACCAGUCUCAAAGUUCUCCUUUGCCAUCCAUCUAUUCUCUCUCUCUUCCCAAGUGAGUGAAGGAGAGUUCAAUAAAAUUUAUCUUAAAUAUAUAUCCAGAAUCAAGUAGUUAACAAAAACAUGUCAUACAAGUAGUGCAUAAAAAACUGAAUUUAGUGAUUGACUCAUGUUAUCUUGGGUAAUGAGGGCAAUAUUAAUGUUAGAACCUAAGCAAACCAUAUGAUGUGUGCCAAUUGGUAGUAAAUUGUUUAAAUAUGUUUGCAAAAAACAAAUGAUCAAUUUAAAGAUAAUAUUCUAAAUAUUUUACAUGCUUCAUGUCUGAAUAAUUUUAAUCAUUGUAAAGAAAAUUCAGCAAAUUUAUAGUUUAUAAAUGCUGGAAAAUAAGCCAAUUUAGAAUAAUUUAAUUUUAUAUGGGUUCUGCAAGUCAACACAAGAUAAAAAAAUUAGUUAGUCAAAUAAGCCAAUUUAUAUAUGGUUUUUAGAAUUUUUAAUUGUGAAAAUUAAUAAAAAAAUAAUUAAAGAAAAUAAAUUAGUUAUUAUGGUGUUAGCAGAGAUCAGCCCAUGAAAAACACCCCCAAAUUUGACUUGCCAAAAAUAUAUCAACUCUUAUUUCUCAAAAUCAAAGCCAAAUAAAUUUAUUUAAUCUUUUAUUUAAAAGAAGAAAUUAUUCUUAACAUGAUGUAGAAUUGAAUCAAACUUUUUAUAAAUUAAAAAAAUUAAAAAUUAUGCAAAGAUUCAAGUUUUUCAAAAGAAUGGGUGGAAUGAUCAUCAAUUGAAUUUUCACCAAAUUCAAUUGAUUUCUAUAGGAGUGGUGCAAUGGAUGGAUGCCUACACAAUCUCCAAUUGAUGAAUGACAAUCCCAACAAUUGUCACUUGUUAGAACUGAUUGACUUUGGUGGUUCAACAAUUUCUUCUGAGGAUCUAGAGAAGGAACCUCAGAAGAAAUUCUUCUUCGUUUGUAUCAAGUGAAGAAUGGAAUGAGUUUGUGGAUGAAUUUUAGCUUCUGAGUGCUUGAAUCAAGGAGAAAUCUAGACAAAAUCUAUCCUUUGCAUCAAAUGAAUGAUUUAGGUGAAUUCAACAUUCAUCAUUGUUAGAGGAGAGAGAAAAUGAUUAUAGAGAGUGAUAGCUUGAUCGAAAAUGCCUUAUUCUUUCUUCUCCAAUAUUUUUCAUCUUCUUAUGCAUUAGUUCUGUCGAUUUUAUUGAAUCAUCUGCUAUUAUUCUCCCUAUAUCCUUUAUGUCCAUCAUUGAUGUAGUAAACCUAAAAAAAGAAAUUAGUUUUAUAUUUUAAUUUUAUUAUUAUAUUAUUAUUUAUCAUAAUAAGCUCAUAAAAUUCAGAGAAAUUCAGGAAAAAUCAGAAAUAAAUACAAUUAACAUUGAAGCAUUUUGAUAAAAAUAAUAAUAAUCAUUGGUAAAAGCUAUCAGAAUGUUUCUUGGCCAAUUUCAUCAUGUAAUUUCUAGACUAACAAUAUAAUCAUAUAAAUAAGAUUAAUAUUAUUUUUUCUAUAUUAAAAUAAUUUAAAAUAUUUCUGCAAAAUUAAAUAAUAAACUUUAAAAUAGUAAAAAAUUAUUAUGUAACUAAUGAGAGUUAUCAUUAGCCAUGUGUGGUUCUUGUAAUUAAUGAGAAUUAUUGUUGCUCCAUUUCAUUGAGUGAUAGUGAUUUAAUUGGCUUGUCAUUACUAAACAUGACUAAUAUGCACUUGUGCUCUUAAGAGAUUAACUCUUCUUGUGCAUUGCCUUAAAUUAUGCCUUUUUUCUACUGUACCUAUUUUUCAUCUUUUUAUCUAUUUUUUGCUCUCCAUCAUGUAUGUUUUAGAAAACUACAAGAAGACAAAGAAAAUGGGUGACUUGGUCUUUUUACCUCAUCACUAGGUUGCAAUAUUACAGCACUUUUAUUAUUUAUUUAUUUUAUUUUAAAGUGAUAAAUUUUAAUGCCCAAAAACACUUGCUUUAGGUGAAUCAACUCACUUCUUCAUAAAAAUUAAAAUACAACUUUUUUUGGUCUCAAAAUAGGCUAGAAUAUGCAUUAAGAAAGGGGAGAAUAUUUUUUUUAUUUUUAACUUUUCUACAUUUGUUCCAGUUUCACUGAUUUACCUUUGAUUGCAAUAAGUGCAUUCAAUUACUUGGGUUGAAAAAUUACUUAUUGCCAAUAUGAAUAACCUUUUUCUAUCUUGGCUUUGGACUUCCUUAACCUAUGUCUACUUAUCUAGGGUCUUAACCUUGGUUUCCAUUAUGCUCAUCAAGAGAACAACUAUUCAAAUUCACAAGAUUAACUCAUCACAUUAUGUCAUAUAUUUCAUAUGCCAAUUCUCAUAUGCUAGAAAUAAAGGCAUUAGAUUGUCUUCCCUUUGUUACAAGAGUUAGGUGUUGAUAAGUCUUAAUUAUCAUGAGUUAAUAAUUAGUAAAUAAUAUAGUUUUAGCCUUAACUCAUGAUAAAUAGACUUAUAUUUGUGUUAAAGUAUGAUUUGUGGUUUUUAGUUGAUUAAUGUGAAUUUUUGGGUAAUUAUGUGAUUUUAUAUGAUUUUUACAAUCUUACUUUUGAGAUAAAUGAAGAACAAGAAAUAAAAAUAAAAAUAUUGCAAAAUGGGGGGACCCGCCGGCCAGCCGGGCCCGCAAGUGGGUCGGAAGCGCAGUUAAGGAGCAGCCGCGAGUAGAAGCUCGAGCGACUUAACUUGGACUGAUAGGGACACAUGUGUGCCACUCCCCUUCCGCGUCACCAGUGGCCAGCUGGCUGUGGGGCAAGGAGUGGUCGUACACACGAGAGAAAGGGCUUUGUUGAGAAAGCUAACAUUACUAUAUAUUCGCUCGAAAAAUCGCCACACAACCGAUGUGGGACUAAACUCGUGUCACACCUUCCUCAAAGGCAGGCAACCGGCGCGGGUUCGAAUCCUCCUAGAGUCAAAAUUCAUAUAUUCUUAUCUGAUUAUCGUGACUUUCCUGCAGAUCAUUGGUGAAGGAUUAAGCAACGAGAAUCGUUGGAUCAUUGGCAAAAAUCUCGUCAACGUGAUUUGUGGAGCAUUGCUACUAAAAUUGUUGAACGAUUCGCGAUAAAAGGAUUGCGAAUCCAUUGAGUAAAUCAUCUCUAAUUGAUUGACAAACAAGCCGUCGUCGAGAAGAGGACGAUCCACCAGGAGACGAGUUGCCACCUCCUAAGAGUGUACUAGAUGUGAUGAAGAGCCUCCUCUUGCUGCACGGACUUGAGGAUGAAGUUCUCUGACACGCGCCCCACCUCCAUCCAACUCCUCUCCGUCAGGUGACAACCACCAGAGAGCUGCAAAGUCACCGUUUUUCCGCUCCGCCAGGUGACAGCCGUCAGAGACGAUUCGACGACCCACUUCAUUGAUCUCUAGACUUCGCAAGAAGAUCUAGAGAUUGCCCACAUCGUCUUUGUCCAAGGAGAGCCUUCGAGGCUGUAGACACUGCACAACGAUCCUCCCGAAUGCUCAGGAUUCUAGUGCAUCGCCAACGCAUCACUAUCGCGACGCCGGAACUCUGUUUUCUUGCUUUCAAUUUACUUUAUGCUUCAUUUAGUGAUAAUUUUUGAGUUUUUAAUUUACCAAGAUAUACUUUAUUCUAUUAUGAUUCUUCCAACUUUUACAGAUCUUAAUUUGAUCAAUUAAAUUGUUUGUAAUUGCUUACAUAAGAAUCACCAAGCGGAACUCUGUUUCCGCCUGAUUCGCAUUCGCCAGGUGCUGAUGUCAUCUUGACAUCCGCGCCAUUAUUUUCCUUUUUCGUGAAUUUUAAAUAUAUUUCCUUUUUAUUUCCUAGUAUAAAAUUCAUAGAAAAUCGUAUUCAUUGAGAAAAAUUCUGAAUAAUUACCAGAUAUUAUAUUGUGAUCGACUUGGAAAAUUACCACUAUUUUUGGAACUUUUAUUGAAUUAUAAUUGAUAUAUUUAUUUAGAAAUACUUCUAAAUAUCUGAAAAUUUGUAUUUUCUAGUUUUAUAAAUUUUAGAUUUGCAUGAUUUAAUAUACAACGACUGAGUCACGUCAGGUGUCAUAUGGAAGCACAUCACCAAAAGGGGGCGAAUUGGUAAGACUAUUUGCUUCUUAUUUAUUCUAAUUGUGUUCCUCUUUAGAACUUAGAAUCUAGACUAUUGUAAGAAUAUUUCACACACAUUUUGAUAGUGGUUUGGUCAUUAGGCCUACAAUACUUCUCAAUUACUUUUUUUCAAACUCACAUCUUGAAUUUUGUUAAUACCUUAGUGAAUUACACAUUGAAUUACUAUUUCAAUUUUCUUAGAUGCUAAAUUUGAUGGUUCCAACCAUCUCAAAAUUUUCCCUAAUAACCCUCAUCUAAAUUCACAGUUUUAGUGAGUGAGUAAGGAAAGACUGAUUCAUCUUGUCUAGAUUUGUAUCUCUAGGGGGGGGGGGCAAUAGAUCCACUCACACCAUCUAGAUUGACAACUCUAGGAAAGCCUUGAAUGUAAAAGCACUAUACAUGAGAUAUAAUGAACUACUAUUCUUAGGAGUUUGACACAAUAUUUAUCCCAUGUUUAUUCUUCUCUAUAUAUCCAUUGGAAAGUCUCAUGGAAGAAUUUCUGAUCUUGAGCAACAUGUUGAUGAAACUCAAUGUUUACUCUUCUUAAGACUUCAUAUAUUCAAGGUUGCAGUAGUUCCGUCACAACCUUGGAAGAAGAUGGUCAUUGAAUCUCAUUCUUGAUUUAGGUGGAAUGACUUUCUACUCCUUCCCAUAGCUUUCAGUCAAGCCCUUUUUUUACAUAGAAAGUUGACGUGACUCAGUCGUUGUAUAUUAAAUCACGCAAAUAUAAAAUUUAUAAAACUAGAAAAUACGAAUUUUCAAAUAUUUAGAAGUAUUUCUAAAUAAAUAUAUCAAUUAUAAUUCAAUAAAACUUCCAAAAAUAGUAGUAAUUUUCCAGGUCGAUCAUAGGGAUGUAGUAUAAUACCUAGUAAUUAUUCAGAAUUUUUCUCAAUGAAUAUGAUUUUCAAUGAAUUUUAUACUAAGAAAUAAAAAGGGAAAUAUAUUUAAAAUUCACAAAAAAUAAAAAUAAGGGUGCGGACGUCAGGAUGACAUCAGCGCCUGACAAAUGCAAAUCGAGCGGAAAUAGAGUUCCACUUGGUGAUUCUUACGUAAGUGAUUAUAGAUGAUUUAAUUGAAUAAAUUAAGAUUUGUAAAAGUCAGAAGAAUCGUAAUAGAACAAAGUAUAUUUUGGUAAAUUAAAACAUAAAAAUUAUCACUAAAUGAAGCGUAAAGUAAAUUGAAAGUAGGAAAACAGAGUUCCGAUGUCGCAAUGGUGAUGCGUCAGCGAUGCACCGGAAUCCUGAGCGUUCGGGAGGAUCAUUGUCCAAUGUCCAUGGCCUCAAAGGCUCUCCUUGGACAAAGACAAUGUGGGCAAUCUCUAGAUCUUUUCGCAAAGUCUAGAGAUCAAUAAAGUGGGUCGUCAAAUCGUCUUCGACGACUGUUACCCGGUGGAGCAGAAAAAUGGUGACUUUGCGGCUCUCUAGCGACUGUCACCUAAUGGAGAGGAGGUAGAUGAAGGUGGGGCGCGUGUCAGGGAGCUUCAUCCUCAGGUCUGUGCAACAAGAGGAGGCUCUUCAUCGCAUCCGGUACGCUCUCAAGAGGUGGCGACUCAUCUCCUAGCAGAUCGUCCUCUUCCCGACGACGACUUUUUUGUCAAUCAAUUGGAGAUGAUUUACUUGAUGGAUUCGCAAUCCUUUUAUUGCGAAUUGUUCAACAAUUUUAGUAGCAAUGCUCUGCGAAUUGCAUUGACGAGAUUUUUGCCAAUGAUCCAACAAUUCUUGUUACAUAAUCUUUCACCAGCGAUUUGUAGGAAAGUCAUGAUAAUUAGAUAAAAAUAUAUGAAUUUUGACUCUAGGAGGAUUCGAACCCGCGCCGGUCGCCCGCUUGAGAUGCGAGUUUAGUCCUACAUCGGUUGUGCGCCGAUUUUUUAGGCGAAUAUAUAGUAAUGUUAGCUUUGUAAGCUUCUCUUGCGUGUACAACCACUCCUUGUCCCACACCCGGUUGGCCACUGGUGACGUGGAAGGGGAGUGGCGCACACGUGCCCCUAUAUCGAUCCAAGCUAAGCCGUUUGAGCCCUUGUUCGCGGCUACUUCCUGAUUGA